UUUGUCUGCCAUCUUUCACGCUCUCGACUUCGGUCAGCCGUUCUUUUCCACCCCAAUCCCAACUACACACGCUCUCUCAGCACCCCCAAGUUCACUCUUUCUAUACUCCAGAAUCACCCUCGACGGGCUUCUUUCCAAAUAAACCUUUGAUCUCCUUCGUCAGAAUGCGUUUCACCACUGCCGCUGUCGCUUUCUUCGCGGGUCUCGCCGCUGCCACCGAGACGGUCUACAGCACCGAGGAUGUCACCAUCAUCUCUUGCGCUCCCACCGUGACCAACUGCCCGGGCCGCCACUCCAGCACCACUGUCCCUGCUGUCGCUGCCACCAGCACUGCUCCCGCUGUGUCUCCUGUGGUCACCUCCAGCUCCAGCUCUUCCAGCUCGUCUCCCUCUGGCGUCUCCCCGGUCGUGCCCCCCGUGUCUCCCUCCGUGGCUCCUAUCGGCUCCUUCGUCACCACUGCUUCGACUCCCGCUGCCAGCGUCACGGUCAUCCCUGUGACCACCUGCAUUCCCACCGUCACCUACUCCACCAUCACCAUCCAGCCUUCUUCCACUCCCAGCGGCGUCGCUCCCGUCGCUGGCAGCCCCUCUGGCAGCGCCACUCCCAGCCCUGCUGUCAGCCCGGUCUCCAGCUCCAGCCCCAGCCCCUUCCCUCUGUCCAACGGUGCUGCUAGCUCCUUCGGCAGCUCCUUCGUCGCUGCCGGCCUGGCUGCCGCUGCUGCCCUCUUCUUGGCUUAAAGGGAAUCCUGCGUAAUGGAUCCGGCGUGAUCGCCUCGGAGCGUGUGCCCUGGACUGGAUCUACUCCCGCCUCGUCAAGCUUCCACUGGGAUUGGAAUUGGUUUAUGGAGGAAUUGGGUCAUUUGUUUAAUUUAGUUCUCUUUCGUUUGGAGAAAUAAUAGCAUUCCGUUUUUCGUUUCUCUCCUCUGGGACGCCUUGAUGCUGCUGCUCGGAGCAUCGGGCGGAGUGUCAUGCGUGACGCUUAUUUCGCUUCUUACGAGCCAAUGCUCUUUUCUUUUUCAUUUGCUUCUCUCCGGUGUCUGGGUAUAAUAUGUAUGGUGUAUGCGCACUGCUGUACGUCUGUUCCCUAUCGCUGUAAUGUUGUACAUAUCUGGUUUCAUGUAACCGGCUGCCCUGAGCGGAUCUUCGGUCUCUGUCUCAGCGCAGUAGAUGCUGUGUACAUGUCCGUGCCAUGGAGUAGUAGUAGUAGUCCUUAUACUGCCGCUAUUGUUGGUGCACUACCCUCAAAUAAUCACAACCCUGCUACUGCUAGAUUCGUCCUAGCCGCCUACUACCUAGUAUUCCUACUAGUACUUAGGCAAAAGUGUGGAGUGUAACUAUGUACAGAUAGCAUGGCAAUGCCACGGUCCUGCGAACAGCCAAAAAU